CGUUUCGAAUCUCAUCAGCUCUUGAGGUUAGAUUCAUGUCAUUCACCGUACCAUGUUUUUUUGGCGGUCAUGGCUCAAGCUCACAAGUGCUGCCUUCCCCUCGCUUUAGGGCGGGAAACCCGCCCGGCCGUGUUUCCAUGUGGCACAGAACUGAUGAGUGAUGACCAGCAAUUUGCUGGAGGUGAAGAACACCUUGCACCAAGUGCUGCGUCGAGUGGAUGCCAAUGGGGAUGGCUACAUAGACAAGGAUGAACUGUUCUUUGUUUUGGACAGAGUGGGCACGUUCAAAAAGACCAAAUGGUCCAAUCUGCGUGAGACAGUGGACAAGCUUCUAGCAGGACUAGACACGAAUUCUGAUGGCUUCGUUGACAUACAGGAAUUCUUAGAUUGGGUGCUUCUGGACAAGACAAAAGCGUGCCCAACGACGUCUUCCCUGCAGAUCAAGCACGUCUUCCUUUCGGCCGAGGACGAAGCGCGAAUGGAGCGCAUCGCCCUCUUUGAGUUGGAAGCCAAGGAGAACAAUGAGAUCCUUCUCCGAGCUGGGCUAGGCGAAUUGAUGGACCCCAAGCGGCUCUUGCUGUCGGUGGGAUCCUCCUCGACCCAGGCCUAUGAUGCCAAGGGCCUCACCGUCUCGGUGCCCACCGGAACGAAGGUCGCCAGUGACCGAGCCUUGAGGGAGCUGGUGGAGGCCAUCACAAGAGUGGGGGAAAGCUAUGAGCAGAUCUUGCUGAUCAACUCGAUUGGAUAUUUUCUGCAGCCCGACGACCCGGUGCUGCUGGAGCUCAGCGAGUUGGCUCGGCGGCGGCCGGACAGCGCCGCCGAGCGCUUCGAUGCCAUGCUUCGGAAGGCCUUUCCUGCAGCCUCAACGCGGGUCUACAAUCGAGCAAAGGACCCCAACACCAAGCGGUACAAGUUCCCACAGCUCUUCAACGACUUUAGCCUCUCUUUGACCAAGGGCUGUGGCUUGCCGAUAGGCGCACUGGACUUUCACCCCGACAUCAUUGUCGACUGGGGCGGCACCUCCUAUAAGGUCUUCAUGAAUGGCAAGCGGAUUGGUACCGAGGUCAUGGAUGCGAAUGCCUUUCUGUGCGAGGGUGGCACUUUGCACCGAGACCGUUUACCUGACGCCAUCAAGGAGAUUGAGAGCUCUGUGGCCGCGCUGUUGGAGCGCGAGAACGCCCCAGUGGCAUCGCAGAAGGUGUUGAUCGCACAGACGGGGAAGGCUCGUGAAUUGGCUCUGAAUAAUACAGAACGUCAGCGUCAGCUGGCUUGUGAUAUCUAGUACACUGAUGUACAUUGUACAGUAUGCUCGGUCCACUGCUUCUAAGCAGUGGACUUGGGAUUUCAUGUCAAGCCUGGAGAGCUCCACGGAACACAUGACAUUGGAAGAGGUCGAACGAUGCUUGCGCCAGUGGAGUCUCAUUUAGAGAUUCCGAAUUUGAACAAGAAGGUGGAAGAACUUCCCAAAGGGAAUUCAGAUCUUCUCGCAAUUUGCAGAUGGCAAAUUCAGGCAUGCAGGGUAACCAGGAGCCCUCCUUCGACGAGUCAGCCUUCGCAAG